CGCGUGCGCAGGUUUAUAAUGCCUUUUGACUCCAGCGGCUUCCUGUAGGCGGUCUCCUAGCAACAAGCUACUGCGCUAGACCCGGGGAGGACUUCUUCAUGGCCGAUGGUGAUUUGGACUCGCUGCUGGACGAGGUAGAGAGGAAAUACUGCCGGCCCGAACCUAGGGGCAAAGGAGCGGCGUGCCGGGCGGAUGGAGAGCGCGGGAAGGAGUCCAGAAGGUCAGUGUACCUGGAGCAUGGGGAACUACAAGGCCCAGGGUUACCGCUCAUCACCCCGCUACUGUGGAAGACCUCCGAUGCGAAUGUAUCCACCGAUGAGGAAGACGUUGAUGACCUGAUUGAAAAUAUACUUGAUGUUCACAUACACGGAGACACCAAGGCACAUAGGACAAAACCUUUGAAUCAGAAGACUAGUAAAAUAGCCAAUCAACCACACAGUAAAAAGUGUUGUCCAGUCUACCUUGGUGGGACUAUGGUUCCCUUCGGUGUUGGGACAAAUAUAUCUGAACGGGCUUGUAGCCAGCUGCGCUGUACCAGCUGUGAUUUCAGCGUUUUGUCAUUUGAUGACUACAAAUGGGACUCAUCCUGCGACUACCUCUUCUUCAGGAACAGUAUGCCUGAACACAGCAAAUUGCAAUCAAAGAUGAUAAGGAAGAAAGGAAGUCGGGCCUAUGCUUGUCAGUGCAGCUGGAGGUCGUUCCAUGAACUGACAGACCUCUCCAAAGACGUGCAGCUUCGAUGGGUCUGUGGAAAGCAUUCUGAAUGAAUGGUCUGUGUGAAGGCUGGAUGUACACUAUCAUAUCAGUGACUUAAAAGGGGAUGUAAAGCCCCUCUCAUCCUUUCUAAACUACUGCCAUAGUGCUGAUCUAUAAGGAUAUAGAUGUCUCCUGCAUGUAUCCU